AUGUGUUGCAGCCUAGGGGUUGAGCUUCAUUUCUAUCACACCUCACUCCACCCCCCUCUCCUCACCUCACUCCACCCCCCUCUCCUCACCUCACUCCACCCCCCUCUCCUCACCUCACUCCACCCCCCUCUCCUCACCUCACUCCACCCCCCUCUCCUCACCUCACUCCACCCCCCUCUCCUCACCUCUCCCCCUUCUCCUCAUCUCACCCCCCACUCCUCAUCUCACCCCCCACUCCUCAUCUCACCCCCCACUCCUCAUCUCACCCCCCACUCCUCAUCUCACCCCCCACUCCUCAUCUCACCCCCCACUCCUCAUCUCACCCCCCACUCCUCAUCUCACCCCCCACUCCUCAUCUCACCCCCCACUCCUCAUCUCACCCCCCACUCCUCAUCUCACCCCCCACUCCUCAUCUCACCCCCCACUCCUCAUCUCACCCCCCACUCCUCAUCUCACCCCCCACUCCUCAUCUCACCCCCCACUCCUCAUCUCACCCCCCACUCCUCAUCUCACCCCCCACUCCUCAUCUCACCCCCCACUCCUCAUCUCACCCCCCACUCCUCAUCUCACCCCCCACUCCUCAUCUCACCCCCCACUCCUCAUCUCACCCCCCACUCCUCAUCUCACCCCCCACUCCUCAUCUCACCCCCCACUCCUCAUCUCACCCCCCACUCCUCAUCUCACCCCCCACUCCUCAUCUCACCCCCCACUCCUCAUCUCACCCCCCACUCCUCAUCUCACCCCCCACUCCUCAUCUCACCCCCCACUCCUCAUCUCACCCCCACUCCUCAUCUCACCCCCCACUCCUCAUCUCACCCCCCACUCCUCAUCUCACCCCCCACUCCUCAUCUCACCCCCCACUCCUCAUCUCACCCCCCACUCCUCAUCUCACCCCCCACUCCUCAUCUCACCCCCCACUCCUCAUCUCACCCCCCACUCCUCAUCUCACCCCCCACUCCUCAUCUCACCCCCCACUCCUCAUCUCACCCCCCACUCCUCAUCUCACCCCCCACUCCUCAUCUCACCCCCCCACUCCUCAUCUCACCCCCCACUCCUCAUCUCACCCCCCACUCCUCAUCUCACCCCCCACUCCUCAUCUCACCCCCCACUCCUCAUCUCACCCCCACUCCUCAUCUCACCCCCCACUCCUCAUCUCACCCCCCACUCCUCAUCUCACCCCCCACUCCUCAUCUCACCCCCCACUCCUCAUCUCACCCCCCACUCCUCAUCUCACCCCCCACUCCUCAUCUCACCCCCCACUCCUCAUCUCACCCCCCACUCCUCAUCUCACCCCCCACUCCUCAUCUCACCCCCCACUCCUCAUCCCACCCCCCACUCCUCAUCUCACCCCCCACUCCUCAUCUCACCCCCCACUCCUCAUCUCACCCCCCACUCCUCAUCUCACCCCCCACUCCUCAUCUCACCCCCCACUCCCCAUCUCACCCCCCACUCCUCAUCUCACCCCCCACUCCUCAUCUCACCCCCCACUCCUCAUCUCACCCCCCCACUCCUCAUCUCACCCCCCACUCCUCAUCUCACCCCCCACUCCUCGCCUCACCCGCCUCGCCACCCCUUUCUCCGCACUCCCUUCUUGCCUUCCUCUCCUUGCCUUGUUCGCCCCUUCCCACCCCCAUCCCCCGGGCGGGCAUCAGGGCGGAGGCGGUGGCGGCGCUGAGUGUGGUGAGUGCGGGGCUCUACAGCCUCGUGGAUGACGUCAUGCCCAUGCUGCGCUCCUUCGCUGUGUGCCCCGCCACCGUCACCGCUCAGAAUGCUGCCGGCGGGGAGGGGCAGCUGGCACAUGGACCAGUAGCGGCCAUCAUAGUGCUGCCCAUAAUGCUGUCGUCCAAGCUGCUGCCGGAGAUGGAGGUGGACGGGCGAGCAAGAGAGGACGCGCUCAGGGCGCCGCUGGCAGCGCUGCCCGUGGCGCAGCAGCUGGAGAUGCUGCAGCUGCAGGGGCGAGGCGCACGGGUGGGUGCAGAGCCACGGGUGGAGGAAGGUGCAGGUGGGGUGGGCGGUGGUGGCAUGGCCAUCGAGCUGUGUCACAGCACCUCCCUCUCCUCUCCCCCUCACGCCCCGACUCUUCCCUCCCUCCUCCACGGCAGGCGGGUGUGCAUGGCGUCACAUGCAGGCGGGUGUGCAUGGCGUCACAUGCAGGCGGGUGUGCAUGGCGUCACGUGCAGGCGGGUGUGCAUGGCGUCACAUGCAGGCGGGUGUGCAUGGCGUCACAUGCAGAUCUCAACCACUGCAGCCCCGCCAUGCCCAUGGAAGACUUGCUGCUCUCCCUCUUCACACCCUUUCCUCUCCCUUCCCUUCCCUCUCCCACGGCCCGCCACUCUCUCCCUGCCCGCCACUCUCUCCCUGCCCGCCACUCUCUCCCUGCCCGCCACUCUCUCCCUGCCAUACCCUCUCUCCCUGCCAUACCCUCUCUCCCUGCCAUUCCCUCUCUCCCUGCCAUACCCUCUCUCCCUGCCAUACCCUCUCUCCCUGCCAUCCGCUCUCUCGCUGACCCUCGCUGCUCGUCCCCUCACCGGGCAGGCGAAGAUGGUGGACGUGGCGUGUGAGCGCGCGGAGAAGGUCAUUCUCGAUGCGCGCAAGGCGCACGGCAUCGGCGCGCGCCAGGCGGCGGCCAGCGUGGCAGCGCUGUACGGCGCAGGCAGCACGGACAAGGCUGCUCUCGCCCGCGUCGCCGACCAGGAGAAGCUUCUCAGAAAUGCACUGGCCACCGGCGAGGGGUUCCGAGUGGCCCCCCAGCCGGCCACUGCUGGGCCUGCUCCUCCCGCCCACCGCACGCACCCAAGCCAGGCGGCACCAGCAGCAGCGUCCCUGCCACCACACAUGCGGCCGCGCAAGAGGAAGCACCCACAUGACGCCACCACCACUGCUGCACCCGCACCUGCUGCUGCCACCGCUGCUGCCACCGCUGCUGCCACCACCGCCACUGCCACUGCCGCGCACACUGACGUGCCUGCCUCAUCACCCGCCCCGCCUGCCUGUACGUUGCCAACUCUCUCCCUUCGCCCCCAUCCCCUCUCUCUCCCCUGCCCCCGUCCCCUCCCUCCCUUGCCCCCUCCCUCUCCCCUGCCCCCGUCCCCUCUCUCCCCUGCCCCCAUCCGCUUUCUCCCCUUCCCCCGUCCCCUCUCUCCCCUGCCCCCGUCUCCUCUCUCCCCUGCCCCCGUCCCCUCUCUUCCCUGUCCCUGUCCCCUUUCUCCCCUGCCCCCGUCCCUUCUCUCCCCCACCCCCCCAUCCCCCGUCUCCACUGCCCUCAUCCGCCCUAUCUGCCGCCGUGCAUUGUGUGUUGGCAUGGCACCUGUAGGCACUGGCCGCACGGCACCCCUUCCUCUGCCGCCCACCGCAUCUGCCGCUCCCUCCCUUACCGCAUCGUACCCGCUCUCCUCCGCUGCUGCUCGCCCCUCCCCGCCGACCGCCCCUCUUGCCCCCUCGCCCGCGCCCACACCUGCUGCUGCUGCCGCUGCUGCUGCCAGUGCAGCGGGUGGGGCGGCACCGCGGCCGCCCGGGGCAGCAGCGGGGUCGGCAUCUCUGCCUGUGCGCCCCGCCACGGCUCCGCUCACCACCCCCUUGCCCUCCCUCUCCACCGCCGCUCCCAUCGGCAUCGCACGCCCGUCUGCUGCAGCCAAUCCCAUGCUGACAGCUGGCGGCGGGGGCAGCACAGGAGGGGGAUCGGGAGCGCCGACAAUGCUGCUGGGGAUGCCGAGUGGCAUGCGCACGUUUGAGGGGCUGGGAGGGGCGCUGCUGGGCGUGCCGGGGGGCUGGCAUGGCACCAUGCCCGCCUCCACAGGCGCAGCCUCUGGAGGAGGAGCGGUGCCGCUCGGCCGAAUGCCGCCCUCAGGCUCGGGUCUGGUUCGGCCGAACGUACCCAUGGGGGGGUCUGGCCAAGCUGCAGGUGCAGGGUUGCCAAGUACAGGCAUUACAACAGGAGGAGGUGGUGGGGUGGGUGUGCCUGGCGCAGCAGCGGGGUCUGGUGGGGCUGCAGCAGGGGGCAUGGGGGACUUUGGUGGUGCUGGCGCCCCUUCCCACGCAGGGCCAGCAGCGAUGGGCGGGGCAGAGGUGGCAGGGGGGGGUGGAGGAGGAGCGCUAUCGGCACUGGGCGCCACCAUGGGUGCAGCAGGGCCCAUAGCAGCGCCGCAGAUGAGAGGAGCCUACGCUGCACCGUCCCCGGGCAACCUUGGGCAGGUGGCAUCUGCUCAGAUGCACCUGGCCACGAGCCCCCCCCAGUACGGCCUGCAGGCCGGCACGGGCGGGUUCUCAGCCCCGUCACCCCCCGUGUUCCAGGCUCCGUCGCCCGCCCUGUCGUACAACGCUCCCUCGCCACAGCUCAUGCACGCCUCCCACCCGCACUCGCCCAUGCUCCCCCUGCAGCACCAGCAGCAGCUGCAGCAGCAACAGGCAGCCUCGCCCAUGGUCCCCGGUGGUGGGGGAGGACCGGGGCACGGGGGCCCGCAGCUUCUGCAGCAGCCGAUGGCAUCGCUGAGUCAGCAGAGGCAGAUGCAGCGACUGCACCUGCAGAGGCAGAGGCAGCAGCAGCAGCAGCAACAACAACAGCAGCAACAGCAACAGCAGCAACAGCAGCAGCAGCAGCAACAGCAUUUCAACUAG